AAAACCACCAUAUCAUUUUUGGGUUUUUGCAAACCAUUCCUUGCCAACUAUGGACACUUUGUGCAUGUAACGACAUAAGCAUCUAAGAUGAUUUACGCAGCAGUGCUGCUUAGUUUGAUUGACCACGUGUUCUCGUCCUGUGUUUUGAAACCAAAUACUACAUAUAAUGCGUCUGAGAUAUUUAUAAGAGACAGAAUUACAGAUUUUGAUUAUGCAAGAGUUGGAAAAUAUAAAAAGAUUUAUUGCUGUGCUCAAAACUAUGAUAGAAUAACUUGGGAAUUCAAGAAACAAGAUGGAUUGACGUGGCAACCGUUCCCUUGGGUUUCUUCACUUCAAGAUAACAACCAGACUCUCCAGAUAAUAGAUAUUGGUUGGAAUAACGAGGGAAUUUAUAGAUGUACAGCAUUCUCCAGUGAAAAUGAUGAAAUUGCAAAUCACAGUACCAAAAUAGAUGUAUACUCUUGUGUAGAUAGAGUGAAACCAGAAAUUUAUUGGCCUAAGACACAGUAUGGACGUGUCGGCGGAACAGCUAGUUUUCUUUGUACUGGUGAUUUUGGGUGUACUCCAGAUGCUGCUAGAGAUGUAUCAUGGUAUGAUGAAGAGUGGGCGUUGUUGGAUAAUAAAACAAUAUUUCCUAGAUAUAAUGUAACAACGGUAGAAAGGUCGAAACACACCAUUAUAGAAUCCAGAUUUGAAAUAAUAACAAUUGAACAGGGAGAUUUCGAAAAGUAUUUUACCUGUUACGUAACGUCGUCUUAUCAGGAAGGAAAUAGAAAUGUUAUUGUCCAACUAAAGGAAGCAAGUAAGUAA